CAUAGCGCUAGUUGGGUGAAAGGAGGAGGAACUGGCAGCGGGGAGGAGGCUCUAGCAAGGCCUGAAAGGCUGCGUAACCAGGCAGGAGUAGGGGUUGGGGUUCGGGGUUGGGGGACAGCCAGGGAUCGCGGUCUGAUACGCUGUUGGGGUCGUGACCGCCUGGGGGCCGAGGCAGGCACUGGUCAGACCCAGCCAGGGAUCCUUGUCUUCGUCGAGCCUAAUUUCCAGCAGCCGGGUAGGCCUCACCAGAGGCUCCUUUCCGUGAGGCCGCCCCCAAUUCCUGCCCCUAUUCUCUGCCUGGGAGAUGGCUUCCCCGAGCCCCCCGCCGGAGUCAAAGAGAGACUUGAUAAAUCGGCCAGAGAAAAUAAAUAAUGCUCCAGACUAGCUCUCUCAUUUGUGAGUUCUUCAGGUGAAGCACCAUUUUUGACCUUCCCUUGUGUCUUCUGUUCCUGGCACAGUGCCUGGACCCCAAGGAGGAGUGGGAUUAUCUGGACCCAGCUCAGAGAAGCCUGUAUAAAGAUGUCAUGAUGGAGAAUUAUGGAAACCUGGUCUCACUGGAUGUUUUGAACAGAGAUAAGGAUGAGGAGCCAACCGUAAAACAAGAAAUUGAAGAAAUUGAGGAAGAAGUGGAACCACAGGGUGUAAUAGUUACAAGAAUUAAAAGUGAAAUUGACCAGGAUCCUAUGAGUAGAGAAACCUUUGAACUUGUUGGUAGGUUAGAUAAACAAAGAGGAAUCUUCUUAUGGGAAAUACCAAGGGAAUCUUUGACCCCAGAACAGAGAAUGUUCAGAGAAAACACUAACAUUAUCCGUAAAAGACCAAACUCAGAAGAGAAAUGCCAUAAAUGUGAAGAAUGUGGAAAGGGUUUUGUCCGCAAGGCCCAUUUCAUUCAACAUCAAAGGGUCCAUACUGGUGAGAAACCUUUUCAGUGCAAUGAAUGUGGGAAAAGUUUUAGCCGCAGUUCAUUUGUUAUUGAACAUCAGAGAAUUCACACUGGGGAAAGGCCCUAUGAGUGUAAUUACUGUGGAAAAACCUUUAGUGUGAGCUCAACCCUUAUUAGACAUCAGAGAAUCCACACUGGAGAAAGACCCUAUCAGUGUAAUCAGUGUAAACAGAGCUUCAGCCAGAGAAGGAGCCUUGUUAAACAUCAAAGGAUUCAUACAGGUGAGAAACCCCAUAAAUGUAGUGACUGUGGGAAAGCCUUCAGUUGGAAAUCACACCUUAUUGAGCAUCAAAGAACUCACACUGGUGAGAAACCUUAUCACUGUACCAAAUGUAAGAAGAGCUUUAGUCGAAAUUCAUUGCUUGUUGAGCAUCAAAGAAUUCACACUGGGGAAAGACCCCAUAAAUGUGGUGAAUGUGGGAAAGCCUUUCGAUUAAGCACAUACCUUAUACAACACCAAAAAAUUCACACUGGCGAGAAGCCUUUUCUUUGUAUUGAGUGUGGAAAAAGUUUCAGUCGGAGCUCAUUCCUUAUUGAACAUCAGAGGAUCCAUACUGGUGAAAGACCUUAUCAAUGCAAAGAGUGUGGGAAAAGUUUCAGUCAACUUUGCAACCUUACUCGUCAUCAGAGAAUCCACACAGGAGACAAGCCCCAUAAAUGUGAGGAAUGUGGGAAAGCCUUUAGUAGAAGCUCAGGUCUUAUUCAGCAUCAGAGAAUUCACACCAGGGAGAAGACUUAUCCAUACAAUGAAACUAAGGAAAGUUUUGAUCCAAAUUGCAGUCUUGUUAUACAGCAGGAAGUCUACCCUAAGGAGAAAUCUUAUAAAUGUGAUGAAUGUGGGAAAACUUUUAGUGUUAGUGCUCAUCUUGUACAACAUCAAAGAAUCCACACUGGUGAAAAGCCCUAUCUAUGUACUGUCUGUGGGAAAAGCUUCAGCCGUAGCUCAUUUCUUAUUGAACAUCAGAGAAUCCACACUGGUGAGAGACCCUAUCUGUGCAGACAGUGUGGAAAAAGCUUUAGUCAACUUUGUAAUCUUAUUCGACAUCAGGGUGUUCACACAGGUAAUAAACCCCAUAAAUGUGAUGAAUGUGGAAAGGCCUUUAGCCGGAACUCGGGUCUUAUUCAGCAUCAGAGAAUACACACAGGAGAGAAACCUUAUAAGUGUGAGAAGUGCGACAAAAGUUUCAGUCAACAGCGCAGUCUUGUCAACCAUCAGAAGAUGCAUGCAGAGGUGAAAACCCAAGAAACCCAUGAAUGUGAUGCUUGUGGUGAAGCCUUUAAUUGCCGCAUUUCUCUUAUUCAGCAUCAGAAAUUGCACACAGCAUGGAUGCAAUAAAUGUAGAGCGAUACAUAAGCUCAAUUUGAUUUGAGACUAGUUACCCAAGUGCAGUUUUAGUAUGGCUCAACGUGGGUCAAAUUUGGUGAUAAAGCAAAUUCUCCUUGGCCUCAGACAAAUGGUUUCUAAAGAUUCUGUGAAUAGUGGACCACUGCCCAUGAGCAUCUGACUUCCCUUACUCUUUGUUUGAUGAUGAUAAAGACUUAGUAAUUUAUCUAAGUAUCUUUAAUAAAUCUUUCAGCAGAGAGAUUAAACCUAGGUUCAGAGCAUGGGCGCUCUGAGGGACAAAGUAGGAUUGCUAUAAGGGAGCUGGAGCAGCUGAUAUUGGAAAACUGAGAAGAAUGAUUCAAAGAGUCUUCUGUCACCAUCUCAUAUUGUGGUUCUUUCAGUUCCAUGAUAUGUUUGGCUCUGCAUGCCAAAGUCCAGUGAUUAAGCACAUAUAAGUUGUCAAGGAAACAAAGCCCAAAUGUUUUUGAAAUCAAUAUACAGUUUUUGUCCUUGUUUAAGUAAGCCAGAUGUUUGGCAUGUGAGUUAAAGGCAGUUCCAAUGCCUGAUGGUUCCCAGAUCUAUGAGAUGAGUGGACCAUUAACCUUACAUGUAAAGAUUAUGUUAGUAAUUAAGAAACCUAACAAAGGUGUUACCAAGGAACCUUUGGGAGUGCCUUUUUUGUUUCUCAAGAUGGACCCAAAAAAGUGGAGGAAAAUACUGUUCUUUUGUGCCCUCCUACCUGUGAAAGAUAUUUGUAGUCCUAUGUGAAUGAGCUUAUUCCUCCACAACCAGGUGCAUAUAAAAGUGUACAUAUUUUGAUUGCCAAGAAUUGGAAAUGAAAAGACCUGGAGUCUAUGCUAGGAAGCUGAGAUAUUUUGGUAUUGCAUUGGUUUUUAUGAUAACUAGGUUUUGCAUGCAAUUAAAAAUCCUUAUUUCUUGUUCUAGGGCUUCCCUUAGUUAAUGGUUAUUAUAAAACUAUUACUUCAUCUGUUUUAACCAUUAAAACCUGUUUUGUUUUUUGCUUUG